CUCGUUCAGGUGUUCAUUGCUAGAUCCCAGUGUCAUAGUGAGGGGGCCUGAAUAGCUGUCUGUCACGUUGGCUUCGGUCGGAUCAUGCCACCGCGUAAAGGUCCUCGAAACAUCGUCAGCUCGGGUUCGGCAGGAAACAGCUCGAAAUCUAAACCCAAGGCUGUGAAUCCUGACGACAUCCCCGAUGGACCGCCUCGGCCACCACCACUGUUUCCUCUGGGCUACAAGACGCCUAUUCAGCUCUUGAACGAAAAGUGUAGGAAAGCUGGGUGGGAGAACCCUUCGGUAACAUCACACCCGAAUCGAGGUGGAGGUGGUGCGGAUGGAGCUCAGACGUAUACGGCGACGGUGACUUUGAAGAAGAGGAGGAAUAAGAAUGCCAUGGACUUUGAUACGGUCAGGUUCGUGCCCGUACCGCCAAUAGAGCAGACGGAUGCUGCUUUGGCCAGGCAUUUCGGAGCGACUUAUGCGCUGUUCAGGUUCUGCAACAACAUGCCGAUGGCAAUGCUCCUUCCCCCCAUAAUUCGGCCGUACUGGUCAACCCUCCUCUCCGAAAAAGCUUCAGCCCCACCUCAUAGGGACUGGGAAUACGCCGAAGAUCCCUUUGCAGCCAGGAAAGAGGUCGACAGUAGACAAGAGAAGCGCAAAGAACAACAGGUCCGACAGGCAGAGUUCAAGCAUGAGCUCAAGACGGGUGCGUUGGGUGGGAAUGGGGACUUCGUCGUAAGAGGAAAGGAGGUCAGAGAGGAUGAUGGGAGAGGGAAAGCGGGGAGGGGUGGGAUGGGUUGGAUGGGGGUUCCGGAGGUCAAGAUGACGGUUCAGCAACGAGAGGUUGUUGAGGGUGUGAUUCGAAAGAUGAUGUCCAAAUACCCUUCCGCCAUCAUGGAAGCGACCAGAGAGUCCGAAGGGACCGUCUCCACCUUCCCCUCUGGAGCCAACACUCCUCUGCCGGCUCUGGAAGCAGGCCCGAUAGCCCAACAAUUGAAGUCUAUGGGAUUCCGACCGGCACACGUGGAUUCGUGCAUGAAAGCCCUGGUUGCAGCGCAUGAACGGUUACAUGCGGGUCCUUCUGCCCAACCCGGAUCGUCGAGGAUCACACAAGAUCCGUUGACGCUCUCGCUCAACCUGCUUUCCCCGCUCGAAGCGGCCAUCGAAUGGCUCCUCGUCCAUCUACCUGAGGAUGACCUUCCACCGUCGUACAGGUCGUCAGCGGCUGUGGAUUUCGUCUCCUCAGUCUCGAGCGGGACGGGAGGGCAGACGGAGCUUGUCAAAGGAUGGGUCAUCGACAAGCUUACGAGAAAGGCCGGGUUUCCGAGAAAGGCCGUGAUGAGGGUUAUCGAGGAGGAGACAAGGGAAUCGGUCGUGCUCGAUUUGCUAGGGAGGAGAUUGUGUGGGUGGGAAACGGACGAAGGCGGUUGGGGCGUGGAAGAGUAUGGUGCUGGGUGGGAAGGUGGGGACGAACAGGAGGACGAGGCGAGGCGGAUAGCGAGGGAGGAGGAGAUGGUCAUCUUGAUUUCGGUGCUCGACGAUCGGGUGCAACAGGUCUCGGAGCAAGAAAUCGCCAUCGAGGUCUCCGCCGUACAAGGAGAAGAUCUCGUUCUCAAUGUCAUCUUUUCCGAAGCUUCGCCUUACCCCUCGGCACGGUAUCCGGCCCACCCACCGACGUUCUACCUGACUUCCAAUUCGCUACCUUCGUACUUCCGGUUACAUCUGCAUGGCGAGGUCCUGAGAGCGUUUAGGGACCCGGAGCGACCGGAUCUGCAGUCCUUGUUGGAGGCCGGAGCGGGAGGGGCAGUGUACGCCAUGAUGGAGAUCUUGGAAACGGCACUGCCUGCAUGCCUAGAAAGACCGCCUGAUAUCGCCUCGGUCACGCAAUACCUCGUGCCCAAGGUCGAAGAUGUGCAACAAGAGGUCGAGGUGAGGAAACGACUACAGAAGCUCAAGGUCGGUCGAGGUGGGGGGCGCCAGCCGGGCAUGUCGGAGCAAGAAGUCCGGGCACACCAUGAAGCCAUGCAAGCGGCUCCGGGAUGGAAGUCGAUGUUGGCGGCCAGGCAGAGCUUGCCAGCAUGGUCGUCCCGCGAGGAGAUCAUCGAUGCGCUCGAGAAGAACCGGGUGGUCGUUAUUGUCGGAGAGACAGGGUCCGGUAAAUCGACCCAGUCGCCGAGCUACAUCUUGGACCACGAGAUCGCUCAGGGCCGAGGCGCUUCUACCAACAUCUUCGUCACUCAACCUCGACGUGUCGCUGCAAUUGGAGUAGCCACGCGUGUAGCUGAAGAACGCAUGGAGGAUCUCGACAAGGGACCUCAGACGGUCGGAUACGUUAUUCGGGGCGAAUCGAGGACGAACGCCAAGAUGGCCAAGAUCACGUUCUGCACUACUGGAGUGGUCUUGAGGCGGUUGGCGAGCGGGGGAGAUGUCAACCUGGAAGGCGUUUCGCACAUCAUCGUCGACGAAGUGCACGAGAGGAGUGUGGAUGGGGAUUUCUUGUUGCUCCAGCUACGUGAGCUGUUGAAGCGAAACAAGACCAUCAAGGUCAUCCUUAUGAGUGCUACUAUCAAUCAGGAACAAUUUAUCAACUACUUUGGCGGCGCGCCAGCCAUCGAGAUUCCAGGAUUUACGCAUCCUGUGGAGGAUUUCUACAUGGAGGACUAUCUACCGAAACUCCAGUACCGUGCCGAAACUCCGAGGUUCAAGGCAAAGCAGUCGGAAGAUCAGAAGACUGCUCUCAAGGCCUGGCUGGACGGGCUUGAUAUGGACGCCCAGUCGAAACAGUCCCUGGAGGCCUUGUCUAUCGGCACUCAGAUACCCUACGACUUGAUCGCGGCGCUGGUCGCCCACAUAGAAGCUACUUCGCAGAAGCCAGAUGACGGCGUCUUGAUCUUCUUGCCCGGUGUAGGGGAAAUCAAAUCCUGUAUCGAAGCCCUGCGACAGAGGGUUCGAAACGUCGACAUCUUCCCCUUGCACGCAAAUCUCUCCAACGCCGAGCAAAAGCAGGUCUUUGCGAAAACAAAACGGAGAAAGGUCGUGGUGGCUACGAACGUCGCCGAAACAAGUGUCACCAUCGCAGAUAUCGUAUACGUCAUUGACAGUGGAAAGGUCAAGGAGACUCAAUUCGACGCCGACACAAACAUGUCCCGGUUGGUCGAGACAUAUACAAGUCGGGCUGCUUCUCGCCAGAGGCGGGGACGAGCUGGACGAACGAAGCCAGGAAUCUGUUACAAGAUUUUUAGCCGUCGGACCGAAAACCAAUUCAUGGCCCGCUUCGCCAUUCCGGAAAUCCUCCGAACGCCGUUGGAGAGUCUGUUCUUGCAGGUCAAGAGCAUGGACCCGGAUGCGGACGUCAAGCAAUAUCUAUUAAAGGCUAUCGAUCCCCCCAAGAUCGAGGCGAUGGAUGCUGCUUGGAAGACAUUGCUGGAUCUUGGAGCCGUAGAAGGUGAAGCCAUGACGUCGCGGUUGACAGCCUUGGGGAGACACAUGUCCUCGCUUCCCGUGGAUUUGCGUCUGGCCAAAAUGCUGGUGCUGGCAUGCAUCUUCCGGGCUUUAGACCCGGUCUUGUCAAUCGCAGCGAUGCUGUCCAGCAAACCUCUCUUUAGUGGCCCAAUGGAGAAGAGGGAGGAGAUGAAGAAGGCACGGGAAAGAUUCUCUUGGGGACAAUCAGAUAUCUUGCUGAACCUCAGAGCUUACAACGCAGCCGUCGCUUGCGGUGGUUACUCGGCCAUGCGUUCGUUCUGUGAGGAGAACUUUGUCAACUUCAAUACGGUCCGCGAUAUCAGCUCGUUGCGACAAGAUUUCCAGGCAGCGUUAGCAGAGAUCGGGCUGAUCGACCCGCCGGGUAGAGGAUCCAGACGGAAUCAGGAUCUGGAUGACUGGAACGUCAACUCGGAGAAUGAGAGUCUGCUCAAGGGUAUUCUCGUCGGGGCCUUCUGGCCUAGGAUCGUGCGCAUUCGGUUGCCCGAUGCCAAGUAUGAGAAAGUUCAGGCUGGAAGUGUGGCCAAGGAGCACGAGGCGAGGGAGGUCAAAUAUUACGAUAGCGUCGAUAACAGCCGGGUCUUCAUCCAUCCGGGCUCUAUCCUUUUCCAUGAAAACAACCUCAAGCCAGGGUAUAUCACCUUUUUCCACCGAGCGGAAACAUCGAAAGUUUUCCUCUUUGAUGCGACACCUGUACCGCUCUUUGCUUUGCUCUUGUUUGGCGGCCAAUUGACCAUCAACCAUUUCGCCGGCGGGAUCACUGUGGGAAAAGAGGGAAACAUCCGGCUUCGAGCUUGGUCACGAAUAGGUAUUCUUGCGAACCAGCUGCGUCGGCUGCUCGAUGCCAGACUGGCCGAGGUGAUCGAGAGUUCGGGGGACGAUGUGAUAGGCAAGAACGACGAUAUCGUCACAGCCAUGUUGACGCUACUGCCCUAGAUAUAUAGAAUAUAGAUGCAGACGUGUUGCAAAAGAAUUUUACCUACGUCCCAGGGCGAGGUUGGGCCACGGCAUAGGUCGAAGUGCCAAAUCGGCCAGUCGUCAUGAACUCUUGUAGUCGUAUAGAUUGAAGAACCGUACCCAACUCCCGUAUGGCAUUAUAAUGAUACAGUGCUAUUAU